GCUUUUACUCAGCUGCUGAUGAGGGACGGAGGGAAGGAUGCUCAGAUAGAGGGAUGAGUGAAUGAAUGAACGGAUCCCGACCUGGGCUUCUUCCUGAGAACCAAAGACUCAAACCACCUAAUCCAGAUGGUGGUGUCAACUACAGACCACUGAGAUCAACUGCUGUGACAUCACCUCGCCACACCGGGCUCCAGACGCAAAUCUGAUUCGGACGUCACUCCUCUCUGCAACGACCGAAUAGAAGUCAGAAGGGUCCAGUGAAGGCCUGACUGCAUCGACAGAAAUGGCUCCAACAGCCAUGUCCCCUUCCUCUCUCUCUUCACCCCUCCUCCUCUUCCUUCUCUCUACCCCCCUCCUCUUGUCCUGUUCCGGAUCAGUGGAUGCAAGUGAUGCAAACUGCUCAGCCGCUGGAGACCAGUGUCAGGAAGGAGUGGUGCUGCCCGUGUGGAACCCUCAGAACCCCUCUGUGGGCGACAAAGUGGCGCGGGCCAUUGUUUACUUCGUAGCUCUCAUCUAUAUGUUUCUGGGCAUGAGCAUCAUAGCGGACCGGUUCAUGUCUUCUAUAGAGGUCAUAACCUCCCAGGAGAAAGAAAUCACUAUAAAGCGGCCGAAUGGUGAGACCACCACGGCCACGGUCAGGAUCUGGAAUGAGACCGUUUCUAAUCUCACUUUAAUGGCCUUGGGUUCCAGCGCCCCCGAGAUACUGCUGUCAGUUAUUGAGGUGUGUGGACACGAUUUCGAGGCUGGAUCUCUAGGUCCCAGCACCAUUGUGGGCAGCGCUGCCUUCAACAUGUUCGUCAUCAUUGCCCUGUGUGUGUACGUGGUUCCUGAUGGAGAGACACGCAAAAUCAAACACCUUCGGGUGUUCUUCGUCACGGCAGCCUGGAGUAUCUUCGCUUACAUAUGGCUCUACCUGAUUCUGAGUGUCUUUUCCCCGGGAGAGGUGGAGGUAUGGGAGGCAGUGCUGACCUUCCUCUUCUUCCCGCUCUGCGUGGUCCAGGCCUGGGUGGCAGACCGCCGCCUCCUCUUCUACAAGUACGUCCGCAAGCGCUACCGUGCCGACAAGCACCGUGGCAUUAUCAUCGAGACCGAGGGAGGGCCGGAUGGAGCCAUGGGUAUGGCCGGAGGAGGUGCUCUGGGGCCAGGGGGCUUCACCAAGAUGGACAUGCUGGAGUUGGAUGGACAGAUGGCGCUGAAUUCUCACAGUGGGAUGGACGGAGGGAUGAUGGAAGAUGGAGUGAAGGAUGAAGAGGACGAGGCCAGGAGGGACAUGGCGAGGACGCUGAAGGAUCUGAAGCAGAGGCACCCGGAUAAAGACAUGGAGCAGCUCAUUGAGAUGGCUAAUUAUCAGUCUGCAGAGAGCAUGUUGGCGGUUGGCUUGAUUGACAGCCCUAUAUCAGACGUCCCCUCUGAGAUCCAGGUGAUUUUAUUUGGGGUCCUGAUGCAGCAGCAGAAGAGCAGAGCGUUCUACCGUAUCCAGGCAACAAGGAUGAUGAUCGGAGCUGGAAACAUCCUGAAGAAGCACGCCGCCGACCAGGCCCGCAAGGUGGUGAGCAGCAACGAGACGCAGGCGCAGGAGGACGACCCUCACACCAUCAGGAUGGACUUUGAACCCGCUCUGUACCAGUGCUUUGAAAACUGUGGCUCCUUAAAACUGACUGUGGCCAGACACGGAGGAGACCCUGGAGUAACUGUCAAGGUGGAUUAUCGCACAGAGGAUGGCACAGCAAACGCAGGUUCAGAUUAUGAGUUUGCAGAGGGAACACUGCUGUUUAAGCCGGGAGAGACCCUCAAAGAGAUCACAGUCGGUGUGAUUGAUGAUGACAUCUUCGAGGAGGAUGAGUAUUUCUACGUCCACCUCAGUAACCCUCGGCUAGUUGGCUAUCCGGAGAUUGGCACCGCACCGCAGGACGCCAACGUCGCCCCCAAAGCCGUGCUGGGUGACAACCACACCGCCACAGUGACCAUCUAUGAUGACGAUCACGCAGGCAUCUUCACCUUUGAGUGCUCCAGUCAGAAGGUGAGCGAGAGUGUGGGUGUGAUGGAGCUGAAGGUGCUCAGGACUUCGGGGGCCCGAGGCCUGGUGGCUGUCCCCUACCGAACCGUGGAUGCCACCGCUAGAGCAGGAGAGGACUACGAACUGUCCGCCGGCAAGCUGGAGUUCCAGAACGACGAGACCAUGAAGAUCAUCGAGGUGAAGAUUAUUGAUGAUGAGGAGUAUGAGAAGAACAAGACCUUCACCGUGGAGCUGGGAGAGCCCAUUCUGCUGGAGAUAGGGCAGAAGCACGGUGACUCCAAUGAGAACAAGCCGUUGGUGGGAGCAGAGGACGAAGAAGUGGCCAAGAUGGGAUGUCCCAGUCUGGGCGAACACACACAAGUAGAGGUGGUCAUAGAAGAGUCCUAUGAAUUCAAGAGAGCAGUAAACACACUUCUCUGGCGGGCUCAACAGAAUACAGUAGAUAAGUUGAUCAAGAAGACAAACCUGGCCUUGGUGGUGGGGAGCAGCAGCUGGAGGGAGCAGUUUGUCAAUGCCGUCACUGUCAGCGCAGGAGACGACGACGACGAGGAGAGCGGCGAGGAGCGGCUGCCGUCCUGCUUCGACUACAUCAUGCACUUCCUCACCGUCUUCUGGAAGGUCCUGUUCGCCUUCGUACCGCCCACAGAGUACUGGAACGGCUGGGCCUGCUUCAUCGUCUCCAUAUCGCUGAUCGGCGUCCUGACGGCGGUCACCGGGGAUCUUGCGUCGCACUUCGGCUGCACGGUAGGCCUGAAGGACUCUGUGACGGCGGUGGUGUUCGUGGCGCUGGGAACAUCGGUGCCAGACACGUUCGCCAGCAAGGUCGCCGCCAUCCAGGAUCAGUACGCAGACGCCUCCAUCGGCAACGUCACCGGCUCCAACGCGGUCAACGUCUUCCUGGGCAUCGGCGUGGCGUGGACCAUCGCUGCCGUCGUCUGGCGCUCCAGGGGCAAGGUGUUCAAGGUGGACCCGGGGAACCUGGCCUUCUCCGUCACCCUCUUCACCAUCAUGGCCGUGAUCUGUGUGCUCAUCCUGCUGUACCGGCGGCGGGCGUCGGUGGCCGGCGGGGAGCUGGGCGGGCCGCGGACUUGCAAGAUGAUCACGUCGCUGCUGUUCGCCUCCAUGUGGCUGAUCUACAUCCUGCUGGCUUCACUGGAAGCCUACUGCCAUUUACCAGCGUUCUAAAUGGAGAGGAGACUGACCCACUGCCAAGAGGGAGAGAGAGAGAGGGAGGGAAAGAGGGAUUAGUCUUCAAACAGACAGGUCGAGGACAGAUGGGGAGCAGAGGUGGAUCAAUAAUGGACUCUCAAUUUCCUCUUUUUUUUUACGAUUUUCAGUGUUUCAGAUAUAUUUUUGUCUCCAUUUAUUUAUUUCCUGCAACAAUAAAUCCUUUUUGCAUUAGCAGCUCUAUUACAAAAGGAGUCCCGCCCUCUACCCAGUGUUAAAGACACAUAAACCCUCUAAACUAAGGAUUAUUUUACAGAAAGACAAGAGAAUUUAUGUUUUAAAGAGCUUUCAUGUUGUUACCUCAAUCAUCCGUCAUCCUCAGUGGACCGCACUGUUUAAUAGGUAAUAAAAGCUGAUAUCGUUCAAUAUACUGCCAAAUCAGCAGGAGAGAAGAAGAGAUUUACAGCAAGGAGCUGUGACCACAUCACUUAGAGAAAAAGUUGAAGAGGGAGGAAGAUUAAAGAGGAACUGGAGGCAACAAAACUAGAAAAAGGUUCUGGAUAAAGUCGAUGGACUGACUGGAGAAGAAAGGACAUAGGAAAGAAGAAAAGGAAGAAUGGAUUGGAUUAAAUAUUCUUCUUCUCACUUUGUCUCUCAUGCUAUUUUCUGCUUUUUUGUAUCUGGUCUACACUGGAACAAUCAUACCCAGUGAACUCUCUUAAUACUACCAGUGAACCCUUCUCCCAAAUGUACACACACACACACACACACACACACACACACACACACACACACACACACACACACACACACACACACGCACACACACACACACGGGCCUCAGGUGAAUAACAGUGGAGGACUGAUCACUUGCAGGAUAAAACAGGACUGUCCUUUUUCUUUUUUUCGUGAAUACACUGUGCGAAAUAUUACGUUCCACCCCACAACACACACUCUCUCCUACAAAAACACUCCUCCUCCAUCCCUCCCUUUGCCUUACCCGCUGUAGGACUUGUCUUAAAGUUGUGAUAAUGAAACGCUGUAGUAACCACCAUCAAUCCCUAUUUUUAAUUGAGCCAAUCCUCCUCCUUUUUACGCCAAUCAGCAGCCUCGUUUAUCCCACCGAGGAGACUCCCCCCCCCCUCCCUUUCUUUUCUAAUCUUUUCAAUGGCGUCACGUGUUGAUGUUGUUACCGUGCAAUUGUAAAAAAAAAUGUUAAGUAAGAUAAAGACAUAUAAAUAUAGUAUGGAGAGUUGGAGGUAAAGAACGUUUGAGCUGGUGGUUCGGAAGAAUGUAACAAAGGAGGAUUCAAAAUGUCUGAUUAGCAGCUGGAAGAAAAGUGGGAUGGAAAAGAAAUGUCUGGGAAGAAAGUCUGGAAAUCUAAGCAGUCCACUUUGUAACAGUUGAAUUAAGAAGCAUUGUGCACUGUUUAACCUCUAAUGUUUAUAGCGAGGAAACGGAAAUCGGGACUAAACAGGAUAUGAUGUAAUGCCAUCAUGGAAGCAAGAACAAGGCGGGACCAAUCCGAACGAAGGAUCUCGCUCGUUAACGACUAAGAAGGACGUUGUUGAUGACAAAUCAAAACUAUGACCAGUGUUUCUAAUUGUACAUGAUAAUAUAAGAAACUUUUAUUGAUGUGUGUGAGAAACACUGAUAUGUAAUUUAUGUGUAAACCCCGGAGGAGAAAAGAAAUUCUGGCGCUUUUUUCCUCUGAAACACGGUUCAAGGAGACAUUUAAGGGAAUUCCACCACCAGGGAAAACGGCUGAAACCAGAGAGGAGUCAAAUGCGCCGAGGGAAAUGUACGGCAGCUCUGAAAUAUCACACAACUGUUCCUGGCAGUCGUCGUUGGGAUGUUUCUUUGUACUCAAAACAAAAAUCACAACUCCUCUGUUAUCCAAAGAUUCAAUAGAAGAACAAUGUCACAUUCAUUUCCAGUGUGCAGUUUUACCUCGCAGGCGUCGUACAAGUCCCCCAAGCUGCCAGGUGUAAAAGAAAACUCUCAUAUUUAAAGUCAUAAAGGUGUUCACACUACAGAUGUAUGUGCUUAACCAUUGGUAUUUUUAUGGUUAUGAGCCUGUAUCAAAAGCUGUGCUAACUAUUUAGUUUUUGUAAAAAAAAGUUUAUCAAUUGAGGCAUGGUGUGUGUGAAAGUUUGUAAGUAGUAGAGAAUAUUAUGCCACAUAUCAUAUGAAACCCUCCAUUAUUCUUAUUGUGUAGAAUCCAGAUUUAUAUUACAUAUGUAUUUAUACCCCUGCCUUGCCCAGGGGCCGGACUGGAGCUGGGCAGAAGGGGUGGCAUAUGGUGCAGGUGAUUAUUAAAUGUAAUCCCUCUGUUAGCAGCAGCAUACUCUGCAAACAUUUUCCCCUCAACUGCCCACACAGCUCGUUGUUAACUUCAAGGAAAAUCCUGUAAGAACAAUAAUUGAGCUUUUUUGUUUAAUCCCCAGAGAGCAAAAUGGGACAGAAAACAACAACCUGCCCACCAUCCGCCUUUUCAGAUGAGGACAAAUUACCCGCUGCUUUCAGUUGUAUUCAGUUGUAAGCCCACUCAGUCUUCACCAGGCUGUAAAACACCAGGGUGGAAAUGACUUCCUACGUCACCCCAUCAAUCACAUGUGACGUUUUAAAUGUCGCCAUCAUUUUCUGACAGCCAUAAAGGAAGAAAUCCAAUCUUAAUUGUAGAAAAAUCAGUUAAAGGCGCAGUAAAAACCACCUUGAACAGCUGUUUUCUGCAUCAGCUGAUGUCUGACAAACACAGCCCAGAUUCAUUGAUAAAGAGAGAUUGGCCCCCUGCCAUGGAGGCUCUUGCCCUAUUUGAAAAGAAUAUUUUUUUGGCUGCAAACGUUUCCUAUUGCUGUCUACAAAUUAGACACAAGUUUACACCCCCCCAGAGGACUCUUCAGCAUGUUAAGUGCUUGAAGGGCCGUAGCCAUUUCUGUGGAAAAAAUCGAGGUCAGGAAUCCACCAACAGCAGCCCAAUCCUGGAGAGAAAAGUUUUUCAAACCCUCAAACGGAAACUAUUUCAUUUGGAAUUCUCAGUUAUAUUUCCCUACAUGCAGAUCUAAAAGUAAUAGCCUCGCAAGAAUUCCCAUUACACUCAAUCUUAGUCCCGGUGCUUGUUGACAUGAUGUUUGAAUUAACCAUACCUGUUUGAAACUGUCAGACUAACCGUCCAGAUCCUCUCCAAAGUCCUUAGUCAUUCCUGCAGCGCACCAUAUAUUUUCAAACAUAGGAGUCGGUCAUCGGCCAGUUUUGACAUGACUUACACAUUGGCAUGGCUCCUGACCCCCUGAGACGCCAAAAUGUCUCUCUCCAUGACUUCAGCCUCUCUAACGUUUGCAAAGCUAAGACUGAGUGGGCUGGAUAAUAGUGACUCCACAAGAAUACUGAGACUGAUUUAGAAAUGUAGGCUCUUUAAAAGGUUGAUAAUCCUGAAAUAAGACUGUGUGUGUGUGUGUGUGUGUGUGUGUGUGUGUGUGUGUGUGUGUGCGUGUGGUGUGCAUGUGUGUGCAUACUUUCUAAGUGAGUGAAGAAAUGCAACCAUAUUUUUAGUCUCUUGCCUGUUGCUUAGCGACCAUCUAUCUGCAAGCCGUUGUCUUCUUGACUGUUGCUGGUGCGUGUGUGUGUGUGUGUGUGUGUGUGUGUGUGUGUGUGUGUGUGUGUGUGUGUGUGCAUGUGUGUGUCACUCUCUUGAUGUUUCUCACUUGCCCUUCUUCGAGUGAGUGUGACAUCUCCUCAUUCAUUAUCUCUCUCGCUGCGGGCCAAUUCCAACAUUUAUUACUGUUAGUUUUUUCUUCCAACGUGUGUGUAUCGUGUCCUUUGUGUUCCUCGUGCCUCACCUUGUUUGCAUGUGUAUCCAGUGUGUGUAGGUCUACAUGCGUAUUUGUGCCUUUGUUUGUUUGUGCCGCUCUGUGUUGUAAUCUCCUUAUAAGGGCUCGCCCUGCGCGUCCCUGGCUGAGUCCCAAAGGCCAGAUUAAUGAAUUUGAAUGCCAACCUGACCCACAGUGAAAAAGGCCUGGAAAUUGGAUUCCCUCCAUUUCCUCUGUGUGUGUGUGUGUGUGUGUGUGUGUGUGUGUGUGUGUGUGUGUGUGUGUGUGUGUGUGUGUGUGUGUGUGUGUGUGUGUGUGUGUGUGUGUGUGUGUGUGUGUGUGUGUGUGUGUGUGUGUGUAUCGAAUUAGAUGUAUAAUAGAUUUGGCUGGCGAUCAAGAUUGAAAUGGAUGGUGGUGGCACAUUGCUGGAAGAAGUGUGUGUACAGUGUGUGAGUAACUGUCAUACAUUAAGGUCACUAGCUCUACAAACUGAUUACGUGAUGUCAUGCUGCAGACACGUGUAAAUAACACACACACACGUUUUGCACUUCCAGAAACACAGAUGAUUGACACACACACACACAAACACACACAUUUCUGGCGCCCCGCAGUCUUGGUAAAACUUUACCUGUUUCCCAGUAAUGGAACACUUUAAUUUAGUUAGAAAUGACAACAGAAGCCUGCAGAGAAAGUUUAUUUAGUCGACACUUUAGUGACGGUUGCUAGGUCGAAUAUUUGUGCAUGUGUGUCUGAGUGUGUGUUUACAGACAGAAAUCAUUAUAUGUAUAUGAGUUAGCGAUAUAACGAUCCUGAGCUUGUAAAGAACCAAUUUUCCCAUGAAACACAUUAUGCCACAUUUUAAUUUUAGAGACACCUCUAGUGUGUGUGUGUUGAUCAGCCUCUAUUUAUCAGUGUUUUUAACAUUUCUUUUUCCCCUCUACCGUCUAAAUAUUUAUAUAUUAUAUCACUUCAUUUUAUUUAUAUAUCAUGCCACCCUAUUUAUGAGGUCACAAAGUGCUUUUGAUAUAAUUAUGUCUUAUUUCAAUUUUUCCAUCUAUUUUAUUAUUAUUAUUUUAUUGUGUAAUGUUUCAUUUGUGUCCGAGGUUUUAUGUUGUUUUGGUGAUUUUGUUUUGUAAAAUGUAACAAGAGCCCUCAGAGUAGAACAGGAAAUUAGCAUAGUUGCAAUUUACAUAGUGUGCUAUUAUACCUUUUUUAUGGUGUGAGAGAGUGCGAGUGCGAGUGUGUGUGUGUGUGUGUGUGUGUGUGUGUGUGUGUGUGUGUGUGUGUGUGUGUGUGUGUGUGUGUGUGUGUGUGUGUGUGUGUGUGUGUGGACGCGUGCAACUUUACAUCAUUCCGUCCACGAGUGUGUCGAUGCAUGAAUUAAACUCAUUCUGAAUACAGUGUUGAUGUUGGAAAUGUCGUAGUAAAGAGUAAAGUAUUUUUAAAUGCUGAAAAUGACAUGACAUGAAAAACGAUAUAGGUGUUUACAAAGACCGAACUUUUCUUUUCUUUCUUUUUUUUCUCAAAGAUGAAAUAAAACUUGACUGGCAAAUG